CUCAAAGCAAACAAAACCUUAGAUUCUCUUCACUCAUUUUAUUAAUCUCACCAAAAAAAAAAAGUAGAAUAUAUAUAUAUUAUAACGAUGGGACAAGGCCAAGAAGUGAAGAUCAGACCUGAAUCUCAGGUUCAAAUUCAGGAGAGGGGAGAGAUAUUCUUCUUUUACAGACCAAAAGUGAACAAAGAAGAGGUGCACAGUGCAGAUGAGGUUCAAAGGCUUUAUAUUGUUUUGAGACCUGAGUCUGGUGAAAGGUCUGUUGAAGAAAAGCAGGACCAACUUUCUGGCAAGGAAGGUUUUAUGCACAAGUCCUCUCAAACUGAAACUACUGUCACUUCAGGUUCAUAUCAAGGUGGUCAUGGAACUGAGGAAGUGAACAUUGAGAAGCAGCCUUUACUGAGGUUGAUAUUGAUGGGAAAGAAAAGCCUCCCUGAUCCAGCCAAGAAGAAGGGUGUCCCUUAUUGGGGUUUUGUGGAGUUGGUUACAACCCAAAUAGAAGAUAUCAAAACUGCCCUCAAAGGAGAGGAGUAUGAGACUUCAACAAGAGGGCACCGGCACCAGCCUGGCGGUAGAGCUCUAGGAGAAGGCAUAUACAGAAUUCUUCGUCACUAUCCAAAUAAGAAAAUGCAUACUCAUUUGAUCUACAAGCUCGAAUUUCCAGCUGAGAAUGCAAAGAAUGAGCCACAGGAAUCCCUCAACAUCGAACGACAAGGCUCAUUCCUAAUCCAAAUAAAGAAUCCGGAUGAUCAUGGUCAACAGCAUGGUGGUGGUAGUACUAGUACUAGUAGUAGUGGUGGUGCUUCUGGCUUUAGAGGCCUUCCGAAAAAGCGCAAGGCUAUGUUUCCAGCCCAUCUCCAAGGCCAAUUUGGGCAUAACCGAUACUCUCCUGCCGAUCCCCCCGACUUUUUGAACUACGAAGGCUGCGAGUUCCUGCUCAUUGCAGCCUCAGAUGACAUAGGGGAGGAGUUGGGGCUUGAUUUGAAGCCAGAAGGAUGUGAUUCUUCGGACAAGUCUUGUUCUGAUUUAGUAAACACUUUUGGUGAGAAUGCUGCUUAUUCGACUAAGCCCCUUUUUGAAGGGACAUGGGAUUGAUGGCCAAAUGAGGAUCAAUAGGAACUAAUGCUAAUGGAAAUGCUAGUGUAUAGGUAUAGAAGAAGGAUAGUGUUGUGUUUUUGUUGUUUUUCAGGUUUUUGUAAAUUAUACUUGUAUGUUUGGUUUUGAUGAAACUAGAAAAUGUUAAGAUUGUAUGAAUUUUUUUUUGUUGGUUAGGAUUCUAUA